AUGGACAGUGACACUCAGACGGAGCUUUUAAAGCAGUUUGUUAGCAGUUGUAAAAGGAAUCCCGGUAUUUUACACCAACCGCGAUUUGCGUUCUAUAAGGAGUACCUAGAAAGUCUUGGUGCUAAGAUUCCUCCGGCGCCUGCAGCGGAAGAAGAGUCAAAAAAACAGUCUGAAGGAAAUGAACCGUCGAAGGAACAGGUCGAAGAGGAAGAUACUGCAGAGGAUUUACCGCCACUAGACCUGGAUAUGACUGGGGUUAUUGAAGGUGAGGAAGAUGAACCACUGUCGAUGGGUGAUUCCAAUAAAGAGCCAUCUGAAGAAGAUAUGGAAAAAGCAAACGAAUUUCGUAGCGCAGCAGCUGCUGCUUAUUCAGAGGGUGACUAUGCUAAAGCUGUUGAGAAUUAUACUGAAGCCAUCAAACUAAAUUCCAGUUCAGCGAUAUUACAUGCUAAAAGAGCCAGUGUUCUUCUACAAAUGAAUAAGCCUAAUGGUGCAAUCAGGGAUUGUAGUAAGGCUAUUGAGCUGAAUCCUGAUUCUGCCUUAGCAUACAAGUUCCGCGGUCGUGCAUAUAGGUUAUUGGGUAAGUUUUUGGAAGCUCAUCACGACUUGGCUACUGCUUGUAAACUUGACUAUGAUGACACCGCAAAUGAGUGGUUAAAGGAGGUUGAGCCCAAUCGACUGUAUGACAUUUUUAAAACCUUCAAAACUCAAUCACUUGAUAAUUCUGAAUAA